UUUCCAACAUUCCGAUUAUUUGACAAGGAGCUACAUCGAUGGGUUUUUGGUAUUUAAACUUUGAAAUUAUCGCCUUUUUCUCCAUCCCUCUUGUCCAUUUCAGUCUAUCAUACUGUCAGAAGUGAUGCCUAUGCUUUCUGAUCCUUCUUUGAAAUAUUUACCAUACCCGUCUGUUCCAUUCUCGGAUGGGUACAUCCGCCAAUGGCCAAAUAAGAGAACAACGACUUCUCCAAUCUGGCUUUCAACAGACUUGCGAGACGGGAAUCAAGCACUGGUCAACCCUAUGAGCAACGCGACCAAACUUGAACUUUUCAGAUUGCUAGUCAGAAUUGGAUUCAAGCAAAUCGAGGUUGCAUAUCCAGCAGCAGGCGACAAUGAGUUUCAGUUUGUACGCGAUCUCAUAGAAAACAACGAAAUCCCGGACGACGUCGCCAUUCAAAUUAUAACUCCAGCUCGCCCAGACUUGAUCACUAAGUCAAUUGCUUCUCUGGCCGGUGUCAAGCAUGGAAUCAUUCACCUCUAUAACGCGGUGUCGCCCGUUUUCCGCGAGGUCGUAUUUCGCAACACUAAAGAGCAAACCACUGAUUUGACCAUCAACGCUGUGAAACUUGUCAAGAAGCUGACUGAGGAGGAGACUGCUCGCUCAGGGGCUCGCUUUACCUUGAACUACUGUUUAGAGACUUUUUCGCAGACGGAGCCUGAGUUCGCUGUUGAAUUGGGUAACAGAGUCCUCAUGGAGUGGGGAAAAGCCUCCCCCGAGGAUAAGGUGUAUUUUAACCUGGCCGCAACCGUUGAGUGUGCACCAAGCAACCACUACGCUGACAUGGUCGAAUAUUUCAACAACAACAUCAACCAGCGAUCCUCCGUAUUGCUGAGCAUUCACCCUCAUAACGACAGAGGCACAGGUGUUGCUGCCACUGAAUUAGCCCUCCUCGCGGGUGGUGAUCGUGUCGAGGGUUGUUUGCUCGGGAAUGGAGAACGCACGGGGAAUGUUGACCUCAUCACCCUCGCGUUAAAUCUCUACUCGCAGGGUGUCUCACCUGGUCUUGAUUUCUCCAAUCUUCCUGAAAUCGUUCAAGUUGUCUGUCGGUGCAACGAAUCGGCAGUUCCUGUGCGCUAUCCGUAUGCCGGUACCCUGGUGUUUUCAGCGUUUGCUGGAACCCAUCAAGACGCUAUCAAGAAAGGUCUCGAUUAUCAGGCCGCGCGCUGGGAGAAGGUCGACCGAACCGGCGAAGGCAUAAAGUAUUGGGCUAUGCCUUACAUUCCCAUCGAUCCCAAAGAUAUUGGAUACGGUUAUGAGAACCUCAUCCGAGUCUCCUCACAGAGUGGGAAGGCCGGCACCGCUUACGUUAUCAAACAAACUCUCCAACUUGACCUCCCUCGUCGCAUGCAGGUCUCAUUUUAUGGUGUUGUCCAAAGUGAAUGCGAAAACUCUGGCAAAGAGAUGUCGACCGCGCUCAUUACCAACGCUUUCAAACAGAAGUACUGCUUGAGCUCUAAGCCUAUAGGCAGACUUCAUUUGCAAUCGUUGAAUAUUACUCCGCUUUCACCUCUUUCGGAAUCUUCAUCUUUGGAGUCCGACGGAACAUCCACCCCUCCUGAGCAGGGAACGAAUCUUAUUCGUUUUGAGGGACAUAUCUCUGUGGACGGUCGCAUACGCAAAAUUAUGGGCGAUGGAAAAGGGGUGUUGUCGGCAUUGUUGGAUGGACUACGAAGCGACCUUGAAUUGGAGAUCAACAUCGGAGAAAUCGUCUACCAACAUUUGGAGGGUGAUUCCACGAAGGCUGUAACUUACCUUGAAGUCAGUACCCCAGGCUCCCCUGCCUCAAAAUCCGGUGUUGGUAGUGUUUGGGGCGUCGGAAUAUCUUCUGAUUCUGCCACAUCGCAGUGUCGAGCAAUCAUCAGUGGAAUCAACGGUUUGGUAGGAGAUAGGCGAUUCCCUCGACCGAAAAUGGUCUUCACUCCUCGUAGGGACCAAUCUGCUCAGCGAUCAGAAUCCUGGCUUCGUGAUUUUACCUUUCGUGCUGGACACAGUGUUUUGCAGACACCUGAGCACGAGAGGUCAGAGCUCAUUGCUGCUUCCCCUAUAUAGACUAUGACCGAUUGACUCGACGUUUCAUUCAUAAAGAUUAGGCAGUAUAAUGUAUGCGUGUAUAUACUUACCUUCACUUAUUCGCUGUUCUUUAGACUUUCGUAUGUACUGGUGUUUGUUGAGAUGGAAAAUCAUGAUAGUUUCGAGCCAGCCACCAGACGGAUUGUGCUCACUUCAUAAUAUCUACGCGUGGCGCUUGGCUUGAAGCUGGAUUACUGUUAUAUAAACAGGAUAAGACGGGUU